UUAUGACGUGUUAAAAAAUAAUUUAUGACAAAAAUAUACCAGUAAUAUAUUUCCAAUGCUAAUUUGAUGAUGCAUCAUUUGCCGUGAGGUGUCAGGACUUUAGUAUCGAUUCAUGUUUUAUACGGACCGCAUCUACCUCAUUAUUAAAUUAUUAUGUUUAUUUUUAAAAUGUUGGAGUGAUGCACAUUAUACGCUUUACAAAUAAUAAGAUUUAUGUAAUGUUUGAGUUGUAGAUGUAUCUUCGAACUUUUAAUUUAAUAAUAAUACAGUGAAUGUUUAAAAACAAAGUGAAAAGUAAUCAUAAUGUUUGUAACCAGACUUGAUUUUAUUCUAGCCUUUGUCACAGUGUUUUCAAACUUUGAAAGAAUCAAGUGCGACGAAGUAGAGUCGGGGAGCAAAAAUCAAGAUGUCCCAAGUUCGGUAGACUCGAGGUUUUUUGGCCUCGGUGGAUUUAUCAACCAACUGUUCCCUGGGUUUAAUCAAGGAAAUCAGCCUAGGCCAGGCCGUAAUCCGGGCGGAAUAGAUUUCCCGGGCAAUUCACAGUUUUAUCCCGGAAGACCUAUUCAGAACACGCCACCACAGCAGUAUUUUAAUAAUCAACAAAAUCAAUCGCCAAUGAUAGAUGAUGCCAAAUAUUACCCAAAUCAAGGAUAUUUCGGGAAUAUUCAACCGGGUAAUUAUGGUAACUAUCCAAACCAGGCAAAUGUCGGUAGCUUCCCUCAAUGGCAGGGUCCUCUAGGCAAUGGAAAUGGUUUUGGUUCAAGUCAAGGAGGGUUUCCAAAUCAAUAUCCGAACCAGCACGAGUACCCAAGCCUAGGUGGUUAUCCACAAAAUGUAAACCAACCUGAAUUUGGUGGGAUUCAGGGCAAUCCAUACCCAAACCAGGGUAUAUCAGGUUAUCAGCCGACACCAUACCCUACCCAGGGCAGCUUUGGCUAUCCGUUUACGCCAUCCCCAAAUGAAGGGAACUACGUGAGUUCUCCAUCAAUACCGUAUCCUGAACAGAGUAACAAUGGUAUGAUCACCCCUAUACCGUAUCCAAGUAAUUGGGGCACUUCGAAAUCACCAGAUUAUCCUACUCAAGGAGAGUUUAAUGGUGAUAACAGUUUUAGGCCUGGAGUUAUAGGCGAUGAAAGUAUAGGUGGACCAACUGAAUCAGAAACACAUUGGGAUAUUGAUGUUAGAAAUCCUACCGAACCUUCGUCAAAUGAGACAACGACAACGACGACGACACCUCAAUCUCAGAGGCCCAUAGAGGAGAGUUCAAGCGAAAAGGGAAUAAAUGCAAUUUUGGGGAAACCAGUAAUAAUUCCUGAAACAACUACACCUGAAGGACAAAUAGUUUUUCCCGAAAGCACGGAGAAUGCGGAGCAAAAGCAAUGUGUACAAGAUUGUCAAUCUCCAACAGAAUAUAACCCGGUGUGCGGAACAGAUGAUAUAACCUACAUCAACCCGGGAAAAUUCGUGUGCGCGCGAAAUUGUGGUGUCCAUGUUUUCGUGAAGCACAUAGGAAGAUGUUCGUCUUAGGUAAUGGAAACACUAUUUUAUUCAGCAGACAUGAUUUCUCAAUAAGAAGGUACUUUUAGCCAUGUAAGAUUGACUCAGUGUGGUAAUUACAAUCUGUCAGAUAAAUUGAUUUAUGUUGACUAAUAAAUGUUGUUACUUAUUCUUUUGUCAAGUAAGUAAUUAAGGUUUCAAAUUAAAGCUCUCUAGAAACUCAUAUCUUUAUAGGACAGAAAUUAAAAUAUCAUUCGAAAUAUAUAAUUAGGUUAAUUGUUUUAUAAUUAAUGUAAACCUACGCACCUAAGUAUAUAAAUAUUUAUCUUAUUCAAAUGCUUAUGGCACUUUGGACCAAAAAGAGUACUUAUUUUAAAACAUAUUUAGAGAAAAUAUCCCACAUUCCCAGAACAUAAUACCUAACAUUUAAAAAAUAGCCAUUUUGGUCCUUGUCAAGGUAAGUGAAUAUACAUUUAAUUUUAAAGAAUAUAGGUAAAUAACAAAGAGCAAUUCCAUAUAAUUUAAUUUGCUCGAGCUAACCAAAUCUUGUUAACGAAAAUGUUGUCGUUUCAUUUUACUUUAGUACAUUUUUUGGGUAGAUUUGCGAUUCUCAUAAUUGUAAAAGAAACAGGCACCCAGUAUAUUUUUUGUAAGUAAAGUUAUUCAUAUUUCACUAUUACAUAUAUGAAAGACACGUUUUAUAUGAAAUAUUACAUUUUGGAAUUUAUAAUGUAUGUAGAGCUCCUUGUUUCGUCCAGGGAAGUACUGC